CUUACAGCACCCUACAUGUUUCUUCCAAGUGCUUUGCGGAGGUCUGGGCUGAUGAGCGCAGGACCCAAGAAGCCUGCUUGGGCAUUUGCAAUGCUGCUUCUUGGCGCCGCCCUACUGGCUUCAUCCUUCGGUGGUAAGAUGAUGGCUCAGACUGCUGUGGCCCAAGCAAAGACAGCACCCGCAGGACCAGGACCAUGGUGCAUUAAGGACCUUCUAGACCUGGACAAGCUGUUCUCCAUAGAUAACCUAGAUGUUUGGUUCUACUCCCUUGUGGGAUCGAUUGCCAUCGGACUCAGUGGCAUCUUCCCACUCUUAGUGAUACCCAUUGAAGCUGGAACAACUUUGAAAACUGAGGCUGGGUGUCAGAAGCUGAAGAAGCUACUGAGUUUUGCCAUUGGUAGUCUCCUAGGUGACGUGUUUCUCCACCUCCUUCCUGAAGCCUGGGCUUACACUUCCAGUCCUGGUGAGAAUUCUCACAUUAUAUAUAACACUUGCUGCU